AUGUCCGGACCGAUAGUCAGUCGUGCGCAGACACCCGGCGGUGAUGUUCAAAUUGGUACAACGGUAGGCUGUGUUAUCUGUAACAGAACUGACAAGCUGCUAAGGUGUUCACGGUGCAAGGCCGUAUCUUAUUGCACCAAAGAACACCAGAGGCGGGAUUGGAAACGUCACAAAGAAUUUUGUGCGACUCAUUCUGUGGAAUCGAUCGUAUCAAAUACCGUUUCGGCUACUAGUCAAAAUUCCACUUUGAAAUCCGCUAAAAAGGAAUCCUCCUUAAGAAACUGCCAGAAUUUAACUACACCAGUGAUUUCUAACCUAAGCAAGAAGUCGGUGUUAGAAAGAACGCGAAGUUCGAACGCUGCUCCAGAAGUGCAUAAUAACGGGAAACAUCUUGGCGGAACCAACAAACAAAUAGAAAAGGUAAAAGGACAAUCAAAUCAUAAGGAUAGUCGAAAUUCCAAGAGGAAAUCCAAUAACACUAAGACAAAAGGUACUUGUACUAACAGAGUAGAUGGAUGGACUUCUCCCAUAACAUAUGAAGGAAGUUCUGAAGACACGAUCUUAGGUGCCAGAACAGAAUUGUUGAAUCCUGCUCUAGAAGGUUCAAGAAUCCUAAAUAACCUACAGAACCAUGAAUUAGAUAUGCCUACACAACAUCAUAACGGUAUGAAGAACUUUCCAGAGGUUCGUUUAACUCGUGAAGAAGAACUUUUACCACCUUUCCUCCAUAAAAAUAAAAAUAAUCUUGAAGAAUUAAUAGAUGAUAUAAGCAGAAAUGUGAUUAGAGACAUGGAUGAAUAUGGUAUGUGUGUGGUAGACAAUUUUCUAGGAACCGAAAAAGGUUUUGCAGUGUUAAACGAAGUUUUAAAUAUGUACAGUGCUGGGUUAUUUAAGGAUGGACAAUUGGUUUCUAAUAAAGCAGGUGCAAAUGACUUAAAGACAAUUCGUGGUGAUCAAAUAACGUGGCUUGAUGGAAAAGAAAAACAAUGUCAAAACAUUGGAAUGCUCAUAUCUCAAGUUGAUGCUGUUAUUAUGAGGGCAAAUAAAAUGUGCAACAAUGGGAAAAUGGGAAACUACACGAUUAAUGGAAGAACGAAGGCGAUGGUGGCUUGUUAUCCUGGUCACGGUUCGCAUUACGUGAAACAUGUGGAUAACCCCAAUCGAGAUGGAAGAUGUAUCACAGCUAUAUACUAUCUUAACCGAGAUUGGGAUAUCAAGGAAAACGGCGGCCUUUUGAGGAUAUUCCCAGAAGGCUGGCGCGAUCAAGUGGCGGAUAUCGAACCUCUCUUCGACAGAAUAUUGUUCUUCUGGUCUGAUAGGAGAAAUCCGCACGAGGUUCAGCCAGCUUACAAAACCAGAUAUGCAAUCACUCUAUGGUACUUCGACGCGGAAGAAAGGAAUCAAGCUUGCCGUAGAUAUCAAAGAGAAAGAGAAUUGCAUGCGAAGAAAGAGAGUUCGUGAGACAUGGAGUUUGAAGGACCGUUACACCGUCCGUCGACUGAAAUUGUAACUCUACUAGUUGAACUUAUGCAUCUGUACAUAGUUACACGAAGAAAGCACUGGUAUAUAAACUAUUAUGUAUUAUUCUGUAUUAUGAUAUAGCUGAGAGUGUAGGAGAUGCUGACAUCGGAGUAUAUAAAAAUUUAAGGACGUGCAAUAGAUAUAAGCGUGUUCUUCUUUUUUUAUAUAGCGGCAGUGUAAUAUAUUUCGAUAAGUAUGUGAGCGUAGUCCUGAGAGUUCAUAAUUAUACAUAUUAACUAUUAUUCUUUGUUUUUUCUAACACUAAUGCUCAUACCUUAGUCGAACGUUUCAGAUGUAAUAAAAGUUUAACAUUCGCUUGCCACGAUUGAAAGUACGUUAUAUCGAUACAAUACUUAGCUUCAAAUAUUUGGAGCAUUAAACGCAGAUUUUUGCAGCAUUCGUAAUCCGUAUACGAUUGCUAAAAUUAUAUAAUGUACAGAGAGAACGAGAAAACGUGUGUGUGUGUGUGUAGGAUAAGAGUGGAAGUUUCUGCUAGAGAAAAAAAUCGAUUCAAAUAAUAAAAAUUAAUGUUUCUAUACACACACACACAUACACACAUGUAUAUAUAUGCAUAUAUAUAUGUAUCCUUUAACGCAUUGGGUUUUAUACAUUCUUCUAUAUAUAUGUGUGUGUGUAUAUAUAUGUAUAUCGUAAAAUUUGCUAAACAGAAAUUUUGUCUUAAUUAUUAUAUUUACAUAACUUACGUAUGUUCUCUUUAACUGUACAGCUGGUAUUGUUGUUAGCAGUUCAGCUCGUUAUUAAUACGAAAUUGUAAUAUUUGCAGAUCAUACUAUCGCGUUUUAUUACUGCAUCUCAUAUAUUAUACGUUUUACAAAGUUAUGAUCCUUAUAAUGUUUAAUUAAACGGCCAGUAAUUGACUUAUGCUUCCAGCGCAGUGAAUUGAGAUAUACCGCGGCCCAGUCUGUACCUGUAAUAUUGUUAUGUACAUUGCAAAGAGGUAGAAACACAUGUGUUUAAUAUUGUAUGUAUCUAUUUAUAUAAAUCGAUAAGAAAAAUAAUUAAAUAAACGCGUAUUUCCUGUGUCCCAGA